UACCAGCUGUUAAUGCUGAAUGAACUCAAGAUAUCUAAAAAAAUCAAAACAACACGUUUCUUAGCAUUUGCCAAAGCAAAAUUAAAAAAAUAAAUAAAUAAAUAAAAUUUUGCGAAAAUGGUUCAAGGAAAAUUCAAGAAAGCCAAACUUCCGGAUAGUGUGCAGAAAAAGCAAAAGCAAAAAAACAAUGCCGCUUUUACUAGAAGAUCAAAUGCACCCAUCCAAGCAAAGAAAUCCAAAUUUAACGAACAUCAGAAAAUAAAGCAGGCUAUAUCAAAGACCUUAAACAAGUCAGUAGAAAGCGAGAUGCGUUCCCGGGCCACGGAAGGGCAGAUAAAAUUAAGCAAAGCUCAGGAAGCCGUAGCCAAACACAACAAAUCUGUAUUAUCUUCAACUUCGAAAGCGUCAUAGUGUUUCCGUUUUAGUAAUAAAUCGGUUUUUAUUGA